ACAGAGUGCACCGGACGGGCGGAGUUAGCUGCACAGCAGAUUAGCCCAGCUCCGUUCCGCGCUGCUCGGGUACUGAAAGCCAAAGUACAAUGAAUGACAGCAACAGGAAUGAAAUGAACGUCUUCUGGGAAGAAAAACAAGAAUGAAAAGGGCAUAUCAUGGGUGCGACUCAGAGCUCCGAUAUGGCCGCCUCGAAACCAAGUUUGUCUUCAGGUCCUGUCAUGUCCAGCUCGCUUAAGUUCCCUAUCCCCCUAGAAGUCCUGGAGGAGAUCUUCAUUAAUCUCCCCCCUGGCCAAGUGGUCCAAAGUUGUCGGUUAGUGUGUCGUCAAUGGAAGGACAUUGCUGACAGCCAGUCUCUAUGGAGAGUCCGAUGCAGGAGAGAAGGCCUUCACCUCCGUGACGGUUCCAAAGUACCCAAAGACUGGAGGCUAUUUUACUUCUUGUGUAGAAAAAGGCGGAAUCUUCUCAGAAACCCAAGAGCAGAAAAUAAAAUGAGUGGUUGGCAGAUAUUGGAGAACAGUGGCAACUGUUGGAAAGUAGAGGAUGUCCUUGUUCCGCAUCCCAAUGAAACAGUCGAGAAAAACUUUGUGACAUCUUAUGGCAUGUGCAGGAAGUCCCAGCUGAUUGAUUUGGAGACGGAAGGUUAUAAUGCAUCAUUUAUGGAUCACUUCCAGCCAGACAUCAAAAUAUCAGAUUGGUAUGCGCCACGCUGGGACUGUGGCUGUGUAUUCAAGAUUCACGUGGAGCUACUGAAUAAAAAAAAGAAGACAAUUCAGACUUUUUCCCCUGAGGAGAUUUAUUUUGAGCAAUGGAGCGAUCCUAAAUGGAAUCAGAUAACACACGUCUUUCAAGACUAUGGUCCAGGAGUUCGGUACAUCCGCUUUAUCCAUGGAGGAAAGGACACGCAGUUUUGGGCUGGCUGGUAUGGAAUUCGCCUUACAGACAGUUGCGUUGAGAUAUGCCCUGCAGUGGACACGUAGCUAAACGGGAGUCCACUAUGUCCUGGUUCCUGCCUUUGCCUAACGAAGUAUUGCACUAUUUCCAUCACACAUCACAAAAUCAAAAAUCUAUUAUCAUUGUCUUCUUGGAACGAUCAUGUUUGGAAACAUUACAUCCAUUUGACAACAUACAUUACCAGGAAAUCAGCCGUUAUUUUGUCUGUCAUCAAGUGACCUCAUCAGUCAUUUAAAGGGGCCAUUUUUGUCUACAUUUGAAACAUUUUUUUGGGGUCGACAUAACACUUAAUAGUGGUUGUUUGGUCAACAUUUUAUGCUGUUUUGUUGGCAGUCUAUAAUAUAUAUACACGUUUGUCUAUGUAUAUAUCUAUAGAGAUAUAUCAAAUUAUACAGGGUGAUUCAAAAAGGCCGAGUAUUUAUUUCAUGCUGUACAAGUGCUCAAUAUGGCGGCCGCCACCAGCAGCACGGACAACAUCAAUACGAUUUGAGAAUUCCUCCCAAACGCGCCCCAGGAUGUUGCGAACCACUGUGUUGAGUGCUACUGUUAUUUGCCAUUUUGAGGGUAAAUAAACACGUUGUCUUCCUACAAUUGAACUGCGCCGAAAGGAUUACGUGACCACAACAGUGAAAUUUUACCCCAUUAAAACUUGAAUAAUUCCUGUGUCAAA